CCCUCACUUCUUACAAGUCAAGGGUGCCAAAAUUCAAUUAAAAUCUUUUGCAUAUAAGAUUACAACCAAACAUCCAGAGCAAAUUCCAGAAGGAUAUCAAAAUCCAAACGUUUGCCAAGUGUGUCAAGGAGAAAUAUCUCCACAAUUAUCAGAACCGAUAAUAAUUUUAGUAUGCAAACAUAUAUUCCACAGAAGAUGUGUUGAAGAAGAUUGUCCAGCAUGCAAAUAUCCAGAAGAAUCAGAUCAUCAUGAUCACAACAAUGAUGAAGAUGGUUAUGAAGACAUCAAAGCAAAUUCCUCAAGAAAAAAUUUAGAUUCUUCUACCGACACGCAUGGUUUUUCUGCCAGUUCAGAUGGAUCUUCUACUCAAGAUCACAGUGAUCAUGAACAUAAUGACAAUGAUGACAAUAAUAGACAUAUUGACAUGCUUGGUGUUUCUGCUGGUUCAGGAUCUUCUACACAAGAUCACAUUAUUUCUUUAAAAUCUAUGUAG